AUGUCUCAGGAGGGGGCUGCAGAGGGCUCCAGCACAGAGGACCCUGUUCUCAGUCCCCCACGCAGCUGUGGGCUUUUCCAGGAGAACGUGGAAGAAGCUAGCUCUGUGUCAGGCUUGGCACCAGACCUGCCAGGGGCGAGCGCUGAGGCCCAAGUUUGGGAUGGCAGAGGGAAGAGGGUUUUGGGGGAGGGGGCCCAUCAGGGUGCCAGCUCCCAUGCUGGGGGUACUCCUGGAGCCAGUCUGGAGGCUGAGGACCACCUGGUGGUCCUGGAAAUGCAAGCUGUAGAACAAAGCCAGGAUUCAGUGCCCAGCCCCAAGCUCCACUUUGGUCUGCCUGCAGUGCCUGCACGGGGGAGGGCUCGGGCCUCCAAGAGGCUCCAGAUUUCUCUGCACAACAUCUUAAAUGAAAGUUGGCCCGGGAAUCUUUGUAACAUGUCUGUGGGUCUCCCAGACAGAGCUUUGGUUGGCAGGGAGAGGCCAGCAGGGGUGAAGAAGGUGAGCUGCCGCAGGCCCAGAAAGGUUGGAGGUGGUGGGAGGAGUUCUCUAGGAUGUGAUGGAAGAAGCCCUACCCUCAGCAAAGAAAAACCCCACAAAAGGGGCCUGCCAUCCUCACCAGGCCCAGCCCCUGUGAGGGCAAGAAAGAAAAGCAGAAAGUGUGAGUCCUGCUCAGAGGGUGGGGAGGGGGCCAGUGGCUUCUUGCAGCUCAGUAAGAGCCCUGGUGGAGCCAAGCCCCAGUGUGUGGGAGGCCCCCCACAAGGUGCCAACCGGAAGUCCUUGGGAAGCCUUUGCAAUUCUCUCUUUCCCAAGGACACUGGGCCUGGGCGUGGAGAUUCAGGUAGAAGUUGUGUGGGAUGUGCCUCAGGGACUAAGAAGUUAGAAUAUUUGCCCACUGUGGGGGGUGGGGCCCAGCCAGCCAGCCCCUAUGACCCCAUUGAGUUCCCACUGCCCAGUGGAGGGAAGUCCCUCAGGCCAGCUGCCCAGGGUUCUCCACAGAGCCCUGCACUGUGCCUGGGAGUGUCUAGAAAGGCUUCCACAGAGCGGCGAGAAGCUGAGCACAUCAUGGGGGCCGGCAGAGAUGAUGGCCCUGUCGCCUCACACAACCAGGAGGAGCUGGAGGUCAAGGCCCAGACAGCGUCCAGGGGCAGGGCAGGGCAAGUCCUCUCGGCUCCCACUGACGCUCCCGCCAGCUCCCGAGCGCCUGCAGCCAGUAAGGCUCGCUCAGCCCCAUCCAUGGGGCAGAGAAGAUCCAAGUAUGCUAAGCUGGGGAGGGGCCCAAUGCCCUGUGCCCAGGACCAGGGCACAGACAGAAGCUCAGACAACUCCACCCAGGACCAGCCAGAGAAAUCCAGCUCAGGAGGCUGCCCCAAACUGGAGGAACUGAAAUUGCCCUGUGGAGUGAAGCAUGUGUGUUACCUUGGUUCCGGGGCAGUGAUCCACCUCCUGGGGGCCAUCAGUCAUGGCCGGGCAGGGGAGCUGCAGCCUUCAAAGCUGGAGGCUCUGGAGAAUAUGAUGGAGGUCAGCUCAGCCUCACCCGCCAAGAGGUGUAGAAGGAAGGAAAGGCGUGUGGCCAGGGGCCCCACUGGGUGCCAGGAGUGGCUUCCUGUUCAGGAGGCCCAUGCUGAAAGUUCAGGGUUUGGUCCCGUCAAUGCUGCAGAGAAGAAGCCUGGUGAACUGGACGGGGGAGAGGAUUCAGCUCAGCUCCAGCCCCAACAGGAUGUUGAGGUACGGUACACUGUGGUCCGUGCCAUGCAGGAGGUGCUGUUGAGUCGCAUUCGGGAGCGCCCAGACCUGGUGCUGAGCGAGGAGGAAGUAGAGGACAUUGCUUUUGGCAUUGAGGCAGCCCUCUUUGACCUGAUACAAGCCACCAACUGCCGCUACAAGGCCAAGUACCGCAGCCUGCUCUUCAACCUGCGUGACCCCAGGAACCCUGACCUGUUCGUCAAAGUGGUUCAUGGAGAUAUCACUCCCCAUGGCCUGGUGCGGAUGAACUCUAUCCAGCUGGCCCCCCAAGAGCUGGCCCGCUGGCGGGACCAGGAGGAGAAAAGGGGCCUGGAGAUCAUUGAGCAGCAACAGAAGGAGCCAUGUAGCCUCCCAACCUCCAAACUGACCCACAAGGGUGAAGUGGAGAUCCUGCGGGACACAGACCAGAUGUUGACUCUGGAGGAUCUGGUGGGGCCCAUGGUGUCUACAGACUGCCGCCCGCUGGCCCCGCCUGCCACAUCCAAGGACCCCAGGGAGCAGCAGGAGCACCACUUCCUAGACCCCUAUUCCUGCAAGGACUGGAAGCCCUCAAGUGAGCUGCCAACCUCCUCCAUAACCACCAGGAGGGUGGAGGACAGUGUCUUCCAGAGAGCCCCAAACCCAGCCCCGGUGUCCUCUCCAGAGAUGCCUCAAAUCGGGGAGAAACCUCCCAUGGAGCCCCAGAACAGGCUCCAGGUGCUUGCUGGACCCACAAAGGCCCUGCCCAGCCAGCCGCCUUGGGAGGGGACUGUGGACAUGUUCUCCAUCAAGCGGUUCCGGGUGAAGGCCCAGCUGGUCUCAGGACACAGCUGUCGGCUCAUCAUGGCCCUGCCGGAGGUGAUUCGCUCAGCAGGCUGCAUCCCCUCCAACACCAUAUGGGACCUUCUGGCCAGCAUCUACCCAGCUGAGGCCAAGGAUGUCUGUGUGGUCAGACUGUACCCACAGGGGGCUCGGGACACCGAGAACUGCCGCCUGCUCUACUCUUACCUCAACAAUAAGCAACAGCACGGCCUGGCAGCUGUGGAACACAUGAGGGUGGUCCUACUGCCCCUGCCUGCCUUCCAGCCCCUGCCCUCCAGACUGCGCCCUCUGGGAGGCCCAGGCCUUGAAGCUACUCACUCAAGCCUGCUGCUGGCUGUGCUGCUCCCCAAGGCAGGGCUUCCAGACACAGCAGAGUCCAACCUCUUGUUGGGGAAGGUUCGCAAGAUGGUCUCCUUCAACAAAAAAGUGGAGAUGAGAUGCUACGAUCCGGAGGACAGGGGGCUGGAUGUGGCCCUGAAAGGCUCCCCUCCCCCAGAGGGUACCCGGGAGCAGAGCCAGGGAAAAGACAGCCUGGCUCCCAGGGGAAUUUGUGCUUGGCAGAGGCCCCACACAGGCAGGGGGAGACUGUGGGAAGAGCCUGAAACCUGGCAGUCUCCUGGGCAAGGACAGUGGCCCCCCAAACCAGACUGUUACCAGUCCUGGCAUCACUAUUCAGCAGCACUAGCCAGCCAUUGCCAGCACCUCCACAGUGCCGCCUGUCUCCACCGAACCCUGCUCCAGCAUCUUGAAUUCUUGGUGACCAUAAGCCGCCAGCUCCAAGCCUCACUGAAGUUGCCAGGCCAGGAGAUGUUCCCCCAGCCCCCUCCUCUUGCAGUUCCAGAACCCCAUGGCCCAGCCCCUGACUCCUCUUGGGGGCCUUUAGAUGGAGCUGGCUCUGAACGUCCCUUCCCCAGAGAGAUCUGACCCUCAUGACCCACCACAAGAGAGGCGUUGAUUCUCUCACCAGUACUGAACCCUGAACUGUUUCAGAGAGAGCCGGGCCGAGGAAGGGGGGGCCAGCUCAACCCAUCUGCCCUGUUUGAGUUUCCUGUU